AAUCAAUCCCAGAGCGUGAGGAAGAUAUCGAUGCCCAUUAGGUAUUUUGUUUUCGGAUUAGAUUAGAUUAUUCUGGCCUUGAAAAACGGAACGUUUUCUCUCACUGUAGACCUAUAGGCUGUCCCUAGGAUUCACAUUCAGCAUCACCAUCUCGCAUAGGUUUACUACACGCAGAUUGAUUUUGGGUGAAUGCCAGGAUCGCAGUGUGUAUAUUAUGGUAUUAGCAUCGAACACGCCUGAUGCGGAUCAAAUGAACCUUCGAUAAGGCCUCAGUGUAACCCAUGGCCUGGCUGUGUGUGGCAGUGUCACUGAGGACACACGGUUUUGCAGGCUAGGCUCGAAGCAGCAGAUUGAAUGCCACUGAAGUCUCAAGGCUUUGAGGCCAGUGGCGUGUGGUCAUGACCAGCCAGGGCAGCAGCAGGAAGGACGGCCAUGCUACUGACACUCCCCCCUCCUCCUCCAUGCACUCCCGCCCGCCCCCUGGCCCCAAGCUGCAGGUGCAACGCUCUCUGUCCCGGGACACCAUCACCAUCCACUUUUCUGCCCUGGGAAAAGAGGAGGAUGAGGAGGAUGAGGAGCUGUAUGGGUUUGGGACACCUGCGUCCUCAACCUCCCCAGGACAGGGUUUAGAGAGGCUGGCUGGAAUGCAGGGGAAAACCGAUGACCGAGGCAUCUUGACAGCCUUGGAAGCUAGUGAGGAGCUACUGUUGUUUGAGGCUGGGGAGUUGGAGUCCACCACUACUUCAGCACCAGUUCUGCCGGUGUCCUCUUCCACUGCCCCCCACAGCCCAGCUCUGCCCAUCCUCCAAACCUCCUCCUAUCCGAACCUCCACUCCCCACCUGCUAGUUCCUCAUGGCCCUCAGAAAACAUCAGACCCAGCAUCCCCCCCCCGUCCUCCUCCUCCACCACGUCUUCUCCCGCCCGCUCUGCCUGCUUGCCCUCCAAGCCUUUCCUCAGCCUCAGGUCCUUGUCCAAUGAAAUGAUGGUUGCCCCUCCUUCCUCUGGCGGGCGGCACCGCCACCACCUGAUGAAGACAUUCGUCAAGUCGAUCUCCACAGACAACACCAGGCCUGACCACCAGGAGGCGCAGUCUCUCUCUCAGCACCGCCCGGCGCCGCCGGAUUCCCGCAUCAACAACCUGCAGCUCUUCAAACAGUUCAGUCAGCCGAGGGAGUCCUCCGUGUCUGUGGGUGGGGACUCCAAGACAGCCCCUUCCUCCCCUCUUACCUCCCCAGCCGACGGAAGGUCCUUCUUCAAAGUGCAGGAGAUGGAGGCAAGGAUUGAGGAUACUCGGAGGCGUUUGUCCGAAGUUAUGUGCGAACCAAUGCAGCUAUUUAGCAAGUUCAUGGGGGACGAGGCAGGAGGGCCGGCCGAUGGAGGCGCCACCGCCGCUACCCACCGUUCCAAGUCCCUCUCCGUCAGCGCCACCGAGCUCACCAACCUGGUUUCCCUUAACGGGCACGCAGAGAGCAAUAACAACUACAGCAUCAAAGAGGAGGAGGCGGUUGACACUGAAGGGGAGGAGGAAGAAGAGACCCCAACCUGCGAAGCCCAAGUAACUGACUUCUCCUCUCAUCAAGUCCAGACCCACAGGACCUGCAGGGUCUUUUCCCCUCCUCCUCUCCCCAGGUCCUCCUCCCUCGCGCUGGGUCGCUGCUCCAUGUCGGCCCUGGCCCGCCUGGAGGACGAGGAGUUCUGUGAGCUCUACAGUGCAGACUUUGAGCCCUGUGCAGACCCUGAGACGUUGCACGGGGAGAGGCCUGUGUCACGACAGCCCCAAACCAGCAGCACAGGUGUCUGCAGUGAAACGGAGUACAGAGAAGUGGAAGAAGACCUAGCGAAUGUUCCCAUCACUGGCCUCCUCUUGAUCACCUGUGUAGUCUACAGUUAUCUGGUCCUCCCUCAGCCCCCCUACGUGUGUGCAGUUGUCCAGGGUUUGGCUGCAGGGUUCAUGCUGGCAAUCCUGCUCCUAUGGAUGUCGGCUCCGGGAGGCUCCAGCUACAGUGGGACCAGGCGGGCCAGAUGCAGAGGGGAGCAGUGGAACGUGGCCCAACUGGAUAUCAAAGAACCGGGCAUCUUCAAGGGCUGGAUGAACCAGAUGUACAGCUAUGACCCGGAGAUGUACCACGCAACUCUAACGCACUCCGUCUAUGUACGACUGGAGGGCUCCACCCUGCGCCUGUCCAAACCCAACCGCAACAUCGCCCGGCGAGCCACGCACAACGAGCCCAAACCCGACGUAAUCUACAUCAGUCAGAAGAUCUAUGACCUCACCAACAGCAAGAUCCACCUGGUGCCCCAGAGCUUGGCCAGGAAGCGCGUAUGGAACAAGAAGUACCCCAUUUGUAUCGAGCUGGCCAAGCAGGAGGACUUCAUGGCCAAGGCCCAGGGAGAGAGGCCCGAGCCUGGGGAGGAGAAGUUGGAGAAGGUAGAUGGUCCAGGGGGAGCAGUGGGUGGAGAGGACCCCAGGGAGCGGGAUCUGAUCCUGUUCCUGUUUGGGAGGACGGGUCGUGAGAAGGAGGAGUGGUUCAGAAGGAUUCUGUUGGCAUCCAAACUUAAGUCCCAGGCAAAUAAAUUACCCAGUGAACGUCCAGUCAGCGAACGGCCUCACAUUUUGGAAGCCGACAGCAGGAGCAGCAGCCGCAGCAGUCUCACGGACGAGCCCAGUCAGAAGGAGCAUUCCCUGGUUGGAGGUGUCCGGCAGAAGAUGUUGCUGGACUAUAAUGUCUACAUGGUCAAGUAUGUCAACCCCCCAGCACCGCCCGAUAGCCCCCCUGCCAGCAGCCCUACACACAGCCCAGAGGGCAGUCCUGGAGCCAACAAGAAGUUGCACAGAAGCCUGUGUGAGCGUUUGGGGGAGGGGCAAAGGCCAGUGCCCGAGGCAUGGGUGAAUGCCCUUAUAGGCCGGGUGUUCUGGGACUUCCUGGUGGAGAAGUACUGGGCUGACAUGGUCUCUAAGAAGAUUCAGAUGAAGCUCAGUAAGAUUAGGUUGCCGUACUUUAUGAAUGAGCUGACUCUGACUGCACUGGACAUGGGCUUCUCUAUUCCCAAGAUCCUCCAUGCCUCUGAGCCCACUGUGGACCAUCAAGGUUUGUGGUUUGAUCUGGAGGUGUCCUACGCUGGCUCCUUCAUCAUGACCCUGGAGACGAAGAUGAACUUGGCUCGUCUGGGGAAGGAGGGGGAGGGACCUGGGGAGCAGGGGAAAGAAGGGCCCAGACCUCGGGCCUACUGUCUGGCGGACAGUGACGAGGAGUCAUCCAGCGCUGGAUCGUCUGACGAGGAGGAUCCACCAGAAGUUCCCGUGGACAUGCUGGGUGCGGAGGGUUUUGUCGGAGGCCACAGGCCCAGUAAGAUAAUGCGCUUUGUGGAUAAGAUCGCCAAAUCCAAGUACUUCCAGAAGGCCACAGAGACCGAGUUUAUUAAGAAAAAGAUGGAGGAGGUGUCUAACACGCCCCUGCUGCUCACCGUGGAGGUGCAGGAGUGCCGUGGGACGCUGGCCGUCAACAUACCACCUCCACCCACCGAUAGGAUAUGGUAUGGCUUCAGAAGCCCCCCCCGCCUGGAGCUAAAAGCCCGGCCCAAGUUGGGCGAGAGGGAGGUCACGCUGGCCCAUGUCACCGACUGGAUUGAGAAGAAACUUGACCAGGAGUUUCAGAAAAUAUUUGUGAUGCCAAACAUGGAUGACCUCUGGCUACCGAUCAUGCACUCUGCCAUGGAUACCCGUUCCUACGCCAACCUGGUAACUGGGAGAACCACAACCAAUGCCUUAAGGGACCCAGACCUGAUGGAGCCUGAGCUCUUUGACAUGUGAAAACAAGUUUUCAUUGACAGGGGGUCGCUAAGGAUACACCAUUGCCAUGGCGAUAGGACAGGGAGGGCCAGGCCACCUGCCAUCUCAGUAACCACUGGUGCUGCAGUGGGCGGGGCGUACUGUCCUCACCUCAGGACAGUGGGCCAAUCCCACAGCCAUGCCAGAUUGUGGCUACUCUAUCAGGAAGUGGAAAGAGACCGCGCGAAAGACGAACUGCUAACCUCUCACUUGGUUGAGACAUACUGCAUUGGUUUGAGGGAAUAUUAGUAAGAGAAAGGUUAAGGGGAUGAUGGUGUCAAUCAUCCUGAUAACAGACAUGGAUUCACCUGGAGACAGAACAUUUGAGCUGUGUUAAUACCUGCCUCUAAGAUGCAUCUUCAUCCUAAUCUGAUCCCAAUUAGAUCACGAGUCCCUUAAAUUGUCCACACCACUCAGAAGAUUUGAGCACAAUUUGAUCGUGGACAGGAUAAAAAAAAAGGAUCUAUGUUAGAAACAGGCAUAAACUGGGUUUAGGAUUACAGCGCGUGGUCAAAAAAUUAUUGCCAGGCACUGGAACGCAGAGAAAGACCUACAAUACCUGUGAUGUACAGCUGCUGCACCAAACCUAGUAGACAAAAAUGAAAUGUAUGUGUAAAUUGAGUGGCCCUACCUUGCAAUUCUUUAGUGUGCUGUUUAUAAUAUAUAUGCUAUUUUCUGUUUUGUUGGCACAUUGCUUCAGCAUCUAAUGCUCAUAGGACAUUGUUAGACUGUCCAUCCCUUUCUCUACCUCCCCAUCCAUGGCACUUCCUGUGCCAUUCAGUGUGGUAAUCCUUAUGCUAACAGGUCAACACCACUGUGCAUCAAUCAAUACCAGCUAAAACCCCUGUCCAUCUUACCCCCAAACACAAAAGGGGAGGCAAAGACCACAUCGGACUUGUGUGUUCUGUACACCACUGCCUCAUCAACUUGAAGUCAAACCACCACGUUGACUGUGCAAAUAGCAACCAUACAUAAAUGUAUAUAGACACACUAGUCUUACAGCUAUGAUGUAUAAAAACACACACGGUUUAAUGAAUGUACCUGUACAAGUAACCGAGAAAGUUCCCUAACUGAUAAAAGAUCAACCGACUACCAAAUGCUUUUGCCAAGGUAGGAGAUAUUCCUUGACCUGAUUUCCUAUGAACUUUUCUUAAAUGUAGAAGUCCAAUGUAUUUUUGUCAUGCUGUUUUAUUGGCCAAAAAGCACUUUCUCACACUGCUCUUUUAUGAUCAGUGUUUCUCAAGAUGUAUGUUUCAAAAACAGGGAGGGUGACACUUUCCUGUUUUAGUAGCAUACGUCCAUUGUAGUUCUAAUCAAGGAUAAUUACUGACAAAGCAAUUCUUUGGAGCAUAUGUGACUCAAUAGGUGUCAGGCAGACAAGAUCUGGGGGAGCGAUCAGGUACAUCCCAGGGAUUGGAGGUCGUAAAUCAUUAUGUAACAUUCUCCUGCUACACAUGCACUCACAUGAUGAAUGUUUGGAGGGCCAUAACUGGUUAUUCAAAUGACCAUCACGACUGCUCUUGUGAGAAUUGUAUCUUCAAAUACUUUGUCUAUGUACAUACGCUGGAGGGGGGAAAAACUACUGUAAUACCCAGACAAGUGGAAACUGGUGUUUUCUUUUUUCAGGUAAAUUAAGUUUGCCAUUAAUAACUGAAACCUUUUGUUUUUAAAUGUGACAUUUUUUAGGCCAUAACUUCAUUCAUGAUUAUGUUGGACACUAGUGUGAGGCAGAAGUGCCUUUUGAAUAGUCAUUCCUGUGUAGUUGAAUAAGUGAAUUUUGGUUUUUAAAAAGCAGUUUUGUGCCAUUUGUGUGCAUAUGGCCAUGUCUUUGUUCAUGCUACUGUUUCUUACAUUGGCAGUGAGUCAGGCAUUGUUCUAAUGUUCAAUGAUGAUUGCACAGUAUUUUAUGGUUUGGCUCAAUAAAAGUUUUGCUUGCCUUCA